AUAUCUGAGCGCGUAAGCAACAUGACAACUCGACAAAAAAAGCGUGAAGAGCUUGACGAGAGGGCAAAGCAAGGUGAAACCGUGGUUCCUGGUGGUACUGGUAGCAAGAAUCUAGAAGCUCAAGAGCACCUUGUUGAAGGAAGGAGCAGAGGAGGUCAGACUAGGAAGGAGCAGCUGGGAUCAGAAGGAUAUUAUGAGAUGGGUACAAAAGGAGGGCAGACUAGGAAGAAGGAACAGAUAAGGACUGCGGGCUACCAAGAAAUGGGACGUAAAGGAGGUCUCUCUACCAUGGAUAAGUCUGGCGGAGAGCAUGUUGCUGAGGAAGGCAUCGAUAUUAAUGAAUCCAAGUUUAUCAACGAAGAAGAAAAAUAG